AUGAUUCUCUCGGAGAGACACUCGAUUGGCGAUAGCUGGGCGUUGCCUUCGACCCGCGCGCCGGACAAGGGCUGCUUGGCGAUCCCGGCCCCUGCCAGGAGUCCUGGUAGACCGCCCCGGCAACCAUGCCACCCGAUCACGCCUCCACCGUGCUUUCAAUGCCCAGUUGGUCCGCCUGGCAAAUCUGGUCCUCGAGGGCCGCCUGGAGAACCCGGACCGAACGGUUUUCCAGGCGUGCCUGGAGUGGUUCCGCCUCCAGGAGCCCCAGGACCACCCGGACCUCCUGGCGUACCCGGAGAUCCUGGCGAGCCUCGGCCGGGACGGCACACCUGCGGAAGAGUUGGAACACCAGGUCCUCCCGGUUAUCCUGGACGCAACGGAAUUCCAGGAACGCCUGGGCUGAGAGGUCCGCCUGGAGAAAUUGGAUUACCUGGCCGUGAAGGGCCAGUGGGACCGUCUGGCCCUAUCGGACCACAAGGAGAACAAGGACAAAAAGGCAUUUGUCCAAAAUAUUGUGCGAUUGACGGUGGUGCUUUUUUCGGGGACGAUCAG